UGUAGAGGAAGAGGAAGGGGUGGUGCUGCAGGAGGAGGGCUGUCCUGCUGUGAUCGUGGAGGAGGUGCCGAGUGCCCAGGUGGAGGAGUGCUACUCUGCCCAGGUCCUGGUCUACGACGAUGAGACGUAUCUGAUGCAGGAUGUGGCUGAGGAGCAGGAGGUGGUCACAGAGGUGGCUGAAACCGUGGAGAUGUCGGGUCACGACAUGGUGUGUUUUGACAAAACGUUUGAAGCAGCCGAGGCUCUUCUUCACAUGGAGUCUCCUGGAGGACUGCACAGUGAACGCAACACAGGUAAACACACUGACUACACAACAGGUAAACACACUGACUACACAACAGGUAAACACACUGACUACACAACAGGUAAACACACUGACUGUACAACAGGUAAACACACUGACUACACAACAGGUAAACACACUGACUACACAACAGGUAAACACACUGACUACACAACAGGUAAACACACUGACUACACAACAGGUAAACACACUGACUACACAACAGGUAAACACACUGACUGUACAACAGGUAAACACACUGACUACACAACAGGUGAACACACUGACUGAACAACAGGUAAACACACUGACUACACAACAGGUAAACACACUGACUACACAACAGGUAAACACACUGACUACACAACAGGUAAACACACUGACUACACAACAGGUAAACACACUGACUGUACAACAGGUAAACACACUGACUACACAACAGGUGAACACACUGACUGAACAACAGGUGAACACACUGACUGUACAACAGGUAAACACACUGACUACACAACAGGUAAACACACUGACUGUACAACAGGUAAACACACUGACUACACAACAGGUGAACACACUGACUGAACAACAGGUAAACACACUGACUACACAACAGGUAAACACACUGACUGUACAACAGGUAAACACACUGACUACACAACAGGUAAACACACUGACUACACAACAGGUAAACACACUGACUACACAACAGGUAAACACACUGACUACACAACAGGUAAACACACUGACUACACAACAGGUAAACACACUGACUACACAACAGGUAAACACACUGACUACACAACAGGUAAACACACUGACUGUACAACAGGUAAACACACUGACUACACAACAGGUAAACACACUGACUACACAACAGGUAAACACACUGACUACACAACAGGUGAACACACUGACUACACAACAGGUAAACACACUGACUGUACAACAGGUAAACACACUGACUACACAACAGGUGAACACACUGACUACACAACAGGUAAACACACUGACUACACAACAGGUGAACACACUGACUACACAACAGGUAAACACACUGACUACACAACAGGUAAACACACUGACUACACAACAGGUGAACACACUGACUACACAACAGGUAAACACACUGACUACACAACAGGUAAACACACUGACUACACAACAGGUGAACACACUGACUACACAACAGGUGAACACACUGACUACACAACAGGUAAACACACUGACUACACAACAGGUGAACACACUGACUACACAACAGGUGAACACACUGACUGUACAACAGGUGAACACACUGACUACACAACAGGUAAACACACUGACUGUACAACAGGUAAACACACUGACUGAACAACAGGUGAACACACUGACUACACAACAGGUGAACACACUGACUACACAACAGGUGAACACACUGACUACACAACAGGUAAACACACUGACUACACAACAGGUAAACACACUGACUGUACAACAGGUAAACACACUGACUGAACAACAGGUAAACACACUGACUGUACAACAGGUAAACACACUGACUGUACAACAGGUAAACACACUGACUGAACAACAGGUGAACACACUGACUACACAACAGGUAAACACACUGACUGAACAACAGGUAAACACACUGACUACACAACAGGUGAACACACUGACUACACAACAGGUAAACACACUGACUACACAACAGGUAAACACACUGACUGAACAACAGGUAAACACACUGACUACACAACAGGUGAACACACUGACUACACAACAGGUAAACACACUGACUGCCCCAUACAGGUGAACAGAGCUCCUUCAGCAGACACAGGAAU